AUGACCAUGGGAAAGAUUACCUUCUACGAGGACAGGAACUUCCAGGGCCGUUCCUAUGAGACCAGCUCAGACUGCCCUGAGUUGACCUCCUACCUGAGCAGGUGCAACUCCUGCAGGGUGGAGAGCGGCUGCUUCAUGGUGUACGACCGCUCCAACUUCCAGGGAAACCAGUACUUUGUGAGGAGAGGAGAGUAUGGUGACCACCAGCGUAUGGGCAUGUCUGACUGCAUUAGGUCCUGCCGAAACAUCCCCAUGCACAGCGGCCAGUUCAGGAUGAGGAUCUACGAGAGGGAAAACUUCGGAGGUCAGAUGCACGAGAUGAUGGACGACUGUGAGAACAUGAUGGACCGUUACCGCAUGUCCGACUGCCAGUCCUGCAAUGUGAUGGACGGCCACUGGCUCAUGUACGAGCAGCCCAACUACAAAGGCAGGCAGAUGUACCUGAGGCCUGCAGAGUACAGAAACUUCAGCAACAUGGGAGGAAGCAUGGGCAACAUGAAAUGGCAGUCUAUGAGGCGUAUCAUGGAUUCUUGUUAA